GUUAGCCCGCGCGCGGUCGUCGCGGUUUCUCGGGAAGAACCCGCCUCUCUCCGAUCGCUCCUGGAUUUUUCUCGCCUAGCUGUUUGCUGGAGUAGCUGCGAGUGACUGCUCUGCUCGCUCGCGCCGGCCCGCGUUAUGGGAUCAUCCACGGCCGCGCUCGGUGGCGGGGCUCCUGCUCGCCUCGGCUUGGCCCCCAAGAAUGGUGUCUUUGGAUCCAAUCUGAAGCAAUGCAGUGGUUUCAUGCUCAAAGCAACCACUAAGGUUGGAUCCUCUUCAGUCCGUGUGAGGGCAUCUGUUGCUUCUUCACCACAGAAACAGCACUCACCUCACACGUUAGGAGUUAAAUCAGGGGAGGAGGUGCGCAUUGCAGUUCUAGGGGCCAGCGGUUAUACUGGGGCUGAGAUUGUUAGACUUCUAGCAAACCAUCCUCAAUUUUCUAUCAAAGUGAUGACCGCAGAUAGAAAAGCUGGUGAACAGUUUGGAUCUGUAUUUCCUCACUUAAUAACACAAGAUCUGCCUAAUUUGGUUGCAGUAAAAGACGCAGACUUUUCAAAUGUCGAUGCUGUUUUUUGUUGCUUGCCACACGGAACAACCCAGGAAAUUAUUAAAGGUUUACCGCAACAACUAAAGAUUGUUGAUCUCUCUGCAGAUUUUCGGUUGCGUGAUAUCAAUGAGUACGCUGAGUGGUAUGGCCAUUCUCACAGGGCACCGGAACUUCAGCAAGAGGCUGUGUAUGGCUUGACUGAAGUUCUUCGUGAUGAAAUAAGGAACGCACGACUUGUUGCAAAUCCAGGAUGUUAUCCCACAUCUAUUCAACUUCCUCUUGUUCCUCUAAUAAAGGCAAAACUGAUCAAAGUGAGCAACAUUAUCGUUGAUGCAAAAUCUGGGGUUAGCGGGGCAGGACGUGGAGCUAAAGAAGCCAAUCUCUACACUGAGAUAGCUGAAGGAAUUCAUGCUUAUGGAAUAAAAGGCCACCGACAUGUUCCCGAGAUUGAACAAGGACUUUCAGAUGCUGCUGAGUCUAAAGUAACUAUCAGCUUUACUCCAAAUCUGAUUUGUAUGAAACGUGGAAUGCAAUCUACAAUGUUCGUUGAAAUGGCACCUGGAGUGACUGCCAAUGAUUUGUAUCAGCAUCUCAAGUCUACAUACGAGGGUGAAGAAUUUGUGAAGCUGUUAAAUGGUAGCAGCGUUCCUCACACACGCCAUGUUGUGGGAUCAAAUUACUGCUUCAUGAAUGUCUUUGAGGACAGAAUUCCUGGACGUGCCAUCAUCAUAUCUGUUAUAGAUAAUCUUGUGAAGGGAGCAUCAGGUCAGGCUGUGCAGAACCUUAAUCUGAUGAUGGGACUGCCGGAGAACACUGGGCUGCAAUAUCAACCCCUAUUUCCUUGAUCCUCUGUGUAUGUGCUCCAUAUGUUCUUCAUCAGGAUGAUGCUUUGGAAUUCAGCUCCCAUUUCCCUCUGUUUACUGUUGAGAGACAAGAUGCUCAACAUCGGAGUGUAACCAAGACAAACUCUCAAAGCAAAGCUUGAUUUGUGUUGUUGUAGUUUCAUAGAGAUAAGUGACGAUUAGUUUUUUAAUGAGAAUAUUAGCUCAGUGGAUUUGGGCCAUCGAAAUCCUAAGGGUAUAUCCUGUACUGAUUUGUCUUUAUGAAAUCAAAUAAAAGUGUAAACCUCAGGCAAGAGGCAUCA